AUGGCUAUCUUCUCAGAACUCGUAGAACCUUCAUGUUCUUCAUCAAUUGAUCGUCAUAGAUAUGACGUAUUUUUAAGUUUUAGAGGGGCUGACACUCGUUAUGGCUUCACUAAUCAUCUGUAUAAGGCCCUCGAGUAUGCCAAUAUAACCACCUUCUUGGAUGAUACAGAGAUUGAAACCGGGGAAUAUCUAAAAACUGAUUUGGAGAGCGUGAUUCAAGCAUCUAGGGCUUCUAUUAUCGUGUUGUCCCGCAAUUACGCUUCAUCGACUUGGUGCCUUGAUGAAUUGGUGCUGAUCCUUGAUCAACGUAGGGCAUCCAACCAAAUUGUUAUCCCCGUCUUGUAUCAUGUUGAACCCACCCAUGUCAGGAAUCAACAAAGUACCUUUGGAUAUGCAAUGAAUGAACACAAUAGAAAGAUGGAAGCAGAGACAGAUGCAAAUAAAAGAAGUGAAAUAGCUCAAAAGAUCGAACGGUGGAAGAAAGCGCUUACAGAAGUUGCUGAUUUAGAACGAAAGGAUGUAAAUGGCCGGCUAGAGACGGAGUUUAUUGAAGAAAUAGUUAAGGACAUCUACUCUAGAUUACGUAUAUCCUCAAGGAGUCAUCUGCCACAACUUUUUGGGAUGUACCCAUCCAUUAAAUUCAUCACUUCAUGGUUGAAAGAUGCAUCCCUACAUACGAGAGACAUACUCACUAUUUUGGGUAUCAGUGGGAUCGGAAAGACGUCUUUAGCCAAAUAUGUCUAUGAUUUGCAUUCGUAUGAAUUCGACAAAAGUUGCUUUAUUGAAGAUAUCAGUAGGAGAUGUGAUGAAAAAUUAAAUAGAAGCAAUGGUUUUAAUGGGCUGCUUUACCUACAAAAACAACUCUAUGAUGACAUUUCAGAACUUGUACCAAGUUCAGGUCAAGUUCAUGAUGGUCUUAUAUCCACGCCAAUGAUAGAGAAUGCGGUUGCCCGUAAAAAGGUUUUUUUAGUUCUUGAUGAUAUUGAUCAUCUCAACCAGUUGGAUGCCUUACUUGGGAGCAAAGGUUUUCAUCCAGGAAGCAAAAUCAUAAUUACAACAACCAACUCAUGCUUGGGAGAGAGUUGUGCAUUAUUCAAAAUGAAUGUUAAGCGCAGGCAUAUAAAGCACUUGCUUCGAGGAUUACAUGAGACUGAAUCACGAAAACUUUUGUGUUCUCAUGCAUUCAUGUCCAAGGAUCCCAAGGCCGGUUAUGAAGAGGUGUCAAAGAAGCUUGUGAAAUAUUGUGAAGGACAUCCAUUGGCUCUUGAAGUUUUGGGCAAAUCUCUACAUAAUAGAGAUUUAGCUUAUUGGGAGGAGUGCCUAGAAGGACUAAAGCAAGGAAAUGAUUCCCCUAUAAAUAAUAUUUUGAGAAAGAGCUUUGAUACUUUGCCAUCCCCAAAUGAUAAGGACUUGUUUAAGCAUAUUGCUUGUUUUUUCGUUGGAAUGGACAGAGAUGUUAGUGAAACGAUAUUGAAGUCAUGUGGUAUAGAAACAAUAUCUGGUAUCAAGAUUCUCACUGAUAGAUGCCUUCUUAGUAUCGGACGGAACAACAAGUUGAUGAUGCAUGGGUUGCUUCAAGAGAUGGGAAGAUUUGUAGUCCGUGAAGAAUCACCUGACAAACCAUGGAAGCGAAGUCUAUUGUGGUGCCCCGAGGAGUCAUUUGAAGUGUUGAAACAAAAAAAGGGUACAACAAAGAUUCUAGGCCUCAGCCUUGACAUGAGUAUGCGUGAGAGUGAGAAGUCACAUAAAACAUUUGAGUUGAACACCGAUGCGUUUAGGAAAAUGGAUAAGCUUAUGCUAUUACAACUCAUUAAUGUGCAAAUAAGUGGGUCUUCUUACGAGAACUUUCCACAAGGAUUAAGAUGGUUGUGUAUUCAUGGGUUUUGUUUGAAGUCUAUACCUUCAGACUUACCAAUGGCGAAUCUGGUUGCUCUCGACAUGUCACGUAGCAAGAUUAAAUCAUUUGACAUUUGUUAUAGUAAGAAGCCGAAGAGGCAAAAGCAGUUGACUGGAUCAUGCUCAAAAAACAAAAGGUUGCUUGGAUCAUUAAAGAUUCUUAAUUUAAGUUUCUGUAAAAAGCUUGGUAGUCUUGGUGGCUUUGACCAAAUCCCUGCACUUGAGAGGCUAGUAGUUACAAAUUGCAGUGCUCUAUGUAAGGUUUGUGAAUCAAUUGAGGAAUGUGUUGAACUUGUCCUCAUUAAUUUUAGCUACUGCAAGAAGCUUGAAAAACUUCCAAGAACCAUCUGCAUGCUAAAUAAGGUUAAAAUACUAUUGCUGGAUGGUUUUUAUAAUCUCAAUGAAUCUCAAGUCAAGGGUAGGGAUGUGGAUUCUCCAGAUAAGUUCAAGGCUAACACCAUUGACAUGAACACAAAACCCUCUUCAUCUGACAUUCCGAUGGGUAUACCAAGUGAAUUGCAGUUUGUCAUGUUUGCUUUUCCAAGAUCUUUAGUAAGGUUGUCACUUAAAACUACUAAUCUGUUGAAAGAAUCAUUUCCCAUAGACUUCAAUCACCUAUCCAAUUUAGAAGAAUUAUAUUUAGAUGGUUAUAAUCUCGGUGAAUCUCGAAUCGAAAUUAGCGAUAUGACACCUCUGGAGAUGUUCAAGGCUAGCAACAGAAAACCCUCUUCAUCUGCGAUGGUUUUGAAGGCUACACCAAGUGAGAGGAAGUUGUUUAUGAUUUCUUUACCGAGAUCUUUAGUAAGGUUGUCGCUAAAUGAUAAUAAUAUGUCCACAGAAUCCUUUCCCAUGGACUUGAGUUUCAUAUCCAUGCUAAAGGAAUUAUAUUUAGAUGGCAAUCCUAUUGUUUCGAUGCCUGAUUGUGUGAGAAGCCUUCCUAGGCUUGAGAUACUUAGUAUGAGAAACUGUAAAUUUCUGACGUCAGUCGAGCAUCCUCCAAAAACACUAAGAGAGUUGAUCCUCCUUUUUGAUUCUAAGCCAUUGCUAAGAAAAGUCGUAUUUCAUCCACAUAUGUCCCCACUCAAGUUUUCAGUUGACAUGCAAUUGUUCCUACAGUUGUUUUUUGAAAUCAAAGGUCUGGUCGAAAUCCAACCAAUGAUAAGUGUUGAGGAAGAGGUAUUACGUAGUUUGGGCUGGACUAAUAUUUUGUCAAGAGGAUAUGACGAAUCUGAAAUCCAGAUGUAUUAUGAAUUUGGAAUAUUCAGCACGAUUUAUGGAGACAAAAAAGAGAUGCCAAAUUGGAUUAGUCACAGUAGGAAGGGGUCAUCAAUAUCAUUUACCAUCCCAUCAUCUCGAAACAACAUCAAAGGAUUGAACCUCUGUGUGCAGACAUUUCUAUCUUUGAAUGAAUUCUUUGAUUUGCCAGUAAUCACAAUUAGAAAUAUAACUAAGAACCAAACCUGGUUAUACAAGCAUUGCAUUGGUGGUUUCACUGCAGGUGAAGAGAGUCUAAUAAUGUUGAGCCAUUGGAUGUUUGGGAAGAAUGAGAUGGAUACUGGUGAUUGGGUUACUGUUACUGUUGCAAUGAAUUUUGGACUUGCAAAUGAGUGUGGGGUGAGUUUUGUGUUUGAUGAUGGAAAGACGGAUGAAGAAGAAGAAGAUGUGUUGGGUUAUUAUAAGUCAUGGAAUCACAUUAUUGGUGGAGAUCUCUCUGCGUAUCAAACAACAACAGGAGAAUACUUGCUAGAAACCUCUCUAUUUGCACUGCCUGGCAAUGAACCGAAGACGUAUUAUAGACGGCAGCGCUAG